CCAAGACCACCAACCAGUCCAGCUUAUUCGCAACAAGUCCAUCGCUAGCUGCCCCACGAACCCCUGAUAGGCUCGCCCGGCUCCUUUUUGGCGUCCGCUCCCUCAGCUACCACGCCUCCCCUACCCAGUCAUACGCUGUGAGCACGAGGCGAAGUGCAUCUGGUCGUGAACAUCCUUUUAUUCAUGUUUUUUUUACUCUGCUGCAUUCUUCGUGCCGAGCAGCAUUAAUAGCGCAGAGGGUGCUGUUGUGGAGGCGAACAAAAGCUUCUGGCCAACAUUUUGCCCUCAUCUCGCAAUUUCUGGCAAAGAUCCGCCCGACCCGUCUCGAACCAUUGCUCUCCCUGCUUGUCACCCUAUCUCGCCAUCUCAUCAAUCGACCAUCGAUAAUCCUGCGGAGACGAGCUGCCAUUGUUUGAACAGAGCGCCACGCGUCCCUUCCCCUUCUGUCUAACGGUCCGUGGCCCUUGCCCUAAUCCUUGCCAAGGUUUCAGCACCAGCCCCAGACCUCUCUUGUCUCCCGCCCUGCCCUGCACUCGCUGCCUCUUCCACCAUCGUCGGCGCCUUUUGUCGUCUGUCAAUCGUUUCACUUUUCCUCCUCCUACUCUGCUGCUUCUUCAUCAUCAUCAUCAUCACUCUUCUUCCCUCUGUCGUUGUCGCUUCCUCAUUUUUGCCUUCCUUUUGUUAUUCUUCUCCCUAGACUUCACACCUCCCGCAACCUCCUUUGGAUACCGGACCAUAUACCCCUUGGCCCACCCAAACAUCGAUCCCCCCCAAGGCUUUGCUUGACCCGCCAACCGUUCAUCCGUGUAUGCCCAGCGCCCUACCCAUCUAAACCCACUUCUGUACCAUCCUCGCCGAUCUUCCUACACCUUCAUCGAUACCUGAUCUCGCAAUCCCUCGCCCCUGGGCGACCGUAGCACAGUAUGAGGGCUCACGCGACAUAUUCAUCCAUGCUCGCACCGUUCAUAUUAUUGGCUUCUGCCCCUCUGGGUGUUUUGGCCGCAAAUGUACUCAAGACACAAGGAUACAGCACCUGCUUGGACAACUCGGAAGUUACAGUCGAUAACCUGAACAUCGAGUUCGACAAAGACACCAAGAAGGUCGUGUUCGAUGUCGCCGGUACCAGCAAAAAACAGCAGGAGAUCGAAGCCACAUUGAUUGUCAACGCGUACGGCAGGGAACUGUACCGAAACAAGUUCGACCCUUGCGCCAGCGACACCAAAGUGGACCAACUAUGCCCAGUGCCAAACGGAAAGUUCAGCGCAAAGGGCGAACAGAGCAUCCCCGACUCGUACCUAUCACAGAUUCCGGCCAUCGCCUUCAAUGUCCCUGACCUGGACAGUCAAGCUACUAUGCAGCUCACCGCCAAAGAUGGGGGCAAGCAGCUGGCUUGUAUCACAUCGCAAGUCAGCAACGGAAAGAGUAUUUCCACCAAGAGCGUUCAAUAUGUUGCCGCCGGAAUGGCUGUAGCCGCUCUUGCCGUAUCGGGUUUGGGUGCUCUCGCUGGAGCAGGUAAUGCCGGUGCUCCCACAGCUAGCCCUACCUUCUUCGAGGUCGUCGGCUGGUUCCAGUCCAUGUCGCUCAACGGAAUGAUGUCCGCUGAACUUCCCGGUAUCUACACGUCUUGGGCCAAGAACUUCGGAUUCAGUACUGGUCUUAUAUCCUGGGAGAGCGCCCAAAAGCAGAUUGACACUUUCCGCAACAACACUGGUGGUAACCUCACCGAGAACAGUGUCGAAUUUCUAAAGACCGCGACUCUUGUUCACGUCGAUCAGAAGGUCAACCUGACAAAACGUGGCCUCGGUGCUGCAAUGCUGUGGGCUCGUGACGAAUUGGAGACCAACGUCAAUGGAACCGCCAACGGGACUGAGGGGGACAACAAAGUCAUGCAUGCCGUCAAGGGCAUCCAGGGUUAUGUUGAGGAAUACACCAUCCCGAAAGCAAACACGUUCAUGACGGUCCUCCUUGCCUUCGCCAUCGUCAUCGCUGCCAUCACAGUUGCCAUUCUGCUCUUCAAGGUCAUCCUGGAAACCUGGGCCCUGUUUGGAUCGUUCCCGAAGAAGUUGACCAACUUCCGCAAGCAAUACUGGUGGAUUCUAGCAAAGACCAUUACCAGUUUGGUGCUCCUCCUGUAUGGUAUCUGGACCAUGUAUUGCGUCUACCAGUUCAAGGAGGGUGAUUCCUGGGCUGCUAAACUUCUGGCUGGUCUUACCCUUGGUCUCUUCACUGCUGUCCUUGCUUUCUUCACCUGGAAGAUUUGGAGCAUCGCGCGCAAGUUUAAGAAGAUGGAAGGUGAUUCGUCCGCUCUAUAUGAAAACAAGGAAGUCUGGAGAAAGUACAACAUCUUCUACGAGAACUACAAGAAGAGCUACUGGUGGAUCUUCGUCCCGGCCAUCAUCUACAUGUUCACCCGCGGAUGCGUUAUUGCUGGCGCAGAUGGCCACGGUAUGGUUCAAGCUGGUGGACAACUCGUCGUCGAGGCUCUCCUUUUGGGUCUGCUUCUCUUCUGUCGCCCAUUCUCGCUCAAAUCUAGCAACUGGAUCAACAUCUCCAUCCAGGUUGUUCGUGUGCUGUCGGUUGUUUGCAUUCUGGUCUUCGUCGAGGAGCUCGGUGUCGCAAAGACCACCAAAACCGUCACUGGUCUUGUGUUGGUCAUCAUGCAGGCCGUAUUGACCGGUCUGUUGGCGAUCUUGAUUGCUGUCAACGCCAUCGUCAUCUGCUGCAAGAAGAACCCCCAUGAGAAGAAGCGUAAAGAUGCUGAAAAAGCACGCGACGUAGACAACCUUACUCCCCUUGACGCUCGUAACUCGCUCCUGAUGGACCCUAUCGAGUACAAGCGCAGUUCAGUCGCAAACAAGUUUGGGGCCCGCGCUGGUUACGACCCAAUCCCCUUGACCGAACAAAACACACGUUACAACGGAGCUCGUCCGUAUGACGGACAAGAGCACCUUCUCGCCGAAACGCAGACUAUCGGUCACACCAGGAGCGUUAGUGCCGAGCGCAGCGUUAGCCCUCCAAACUCCCGGGCACCACGCCUACCUUCCGUGGAUCUGCUUGGUCCUCAGCAGACGGCCUAUGCACCCACCCCUUCAGGGCCACUGCAGCAACAAACCUAUAGAGGGCAGGCUUUCUAG